GGGCCUGGCAGAGCGGCCGGGUGAGGCGGACAGACGCCGCCGCCGCCCCCCCCCCCCGCCGCCGCCGCCGCCGCCGCUGCUCCCGGCCCGGCCCGGCCCUCACAGCGCGGCGAGAUGGCGGCCUGCGGCGGCCUCAACAUCCAGAUGCUGCUGGAGGCGGCCGAGUACCUGGAGAGGCGGGAGCGAGAAGCCGAGCACGGUUACGCUUCGCUGCCGCCCGGCGGUAAGGACGGGGAGGCCGUGCGGCGCCGCGCCAAGGCCAGGAGGAGCGGCGGCGGCGGCAGCAGGUCGACGCACAACGAGAUGGAAAAGAACAGGCGUGCCCAUCUGCGGUUGUGUUUGGAGAAGCUGAAGGGGCUGGUACCGCUCGAACCCGAGACCAGCAGACACACCACCCUGAGUUUACUAACGAAAGCCAAAUUGCACAUCAAGAAGCUUGAAGACUUCAACCGGAAAGCCGUACACCAAAUAGACCAGCUGCAGCGGGAGCAGCGGCACCUGAAAAGGCAGCUGGAGAAGCUGGGGAUGGAGAGGAUAAGGAUGGACAGUAUCGGAUCCACCGUUUCCUCGGAGCGCUCCAACUCGGAUAGAGAAGAGAUAGACGUGGACGUGGAGAGCACGGACGACCUUCCCGCGGACCUCGACUGGAGCAGCAGCAGCAGCCCAAGCGACUCAGACGAAAGAGGGAGCCUGCAGAGCAUCUGCAGCGACGAGGGUUAUUCCAGCUCCGGCGUGAAGAGGUUGAAGUCGCAGAGCAAUCGCAAGCCUUGUCUCGGUCCGUAAGAAGCAACUCCCGUAGCUGUUUCACCCGUCGCUGUUUCCCUUUUGGAUCUUGUUAGGUAGCACACCGGACCGUCCCGCCAUUCUCUUGCACGUUAAAAAAAAAAAAAAAAAAAAAAAAAAUUAAUGUACCGUCAACCGAAAUGAACCCAAGCUUUGCCGAAGUCCCAAAACACCACGUGGGGCUGCAGGCGGCAAUGCCGCUCCCCGGAGCUCGCCUCCACUUGCAUCCACCAGCUUCUCUUCCCGUCCGGAAACUCCUCUCUGCGAGACCGUACAUUCCAGCCACGUUUUGAUGCGCCCGAGAAUAUCCCAGCAGUAGCAGCAACCCCAAAAACCCUGGGAUUUUUGGCUUGCUGUCACCGCCCGGUAUUCCGGAUCAACUCUGCGUUUGCCCAGCAACAUCACGUACCCAGUAAUGGGUGGCAGGGCUCGAAUGUAGAGUUUUGGGGCGAGGAUCCAAAGGCAGAGCCAGCCCCUCAGGUAGUUUAGAUCCAGAGGAGCGCGGAGGCAAGUCAACCAGCAGCAAGCGGAGUGUUUCAGCCGCAUCGCGUCUCAGACGGGCACAGGGAUUGUGCCGCUCAUCUCCGCCGACUCUAAUUAUUCAGGGUAGCAGCGCAGCCACGUAGACCCCAGCCUGGCCCUGCCGUCUUCCCGGAGCCUUAUUCGCAUGGGGAACGCCGCUCCGGGGGGGCUGCAGGGCUCGGCAGUCAUCAUCGCCCCUCUCAGAGACCCUCGGGUCGGACGCCUUUGGUCUGGGAAGUUUUCUGUCCUACCUAAAACCAAACGGUCCCCGUCCCUGUCCCGUGCGACGUCCCACCUCCCGUGUCGCGGCUGCACAUCACUGUUCUAGGCGAGCGCUCCUGGAAUUUCCUUUUCAUGCUUCUUGUCUCGGGGACAAUUUUUUUCUACCUCGGAGAGAUGAAUGAAGAUUAUCUCCAUCCCUUUAGCACAAAAAAAAACAAAAACAAAAAAGACAAUGCCUCAUUUGUUUUACGGAAGCGACGCCCGGCCCCGUUCAAAUCCAUCGUGCGACAGUUUAGCAAUAACCCGACGGUGAGGGGGAGCGGGUCAGCUUCCGGCCGUCGGCGCCCAACGGGACCCCUUCACCGGCGUGUCCGAAGCACUUCUCCGGCCGGCGGGGAUCUUUUUGGCCGCUCAGACAGGCUCGCGGAGGAUUUCGGUCGCCGCCUUAGGGAGGGAAACCCGAACACGCCAAGAAAGGGCCAGAGCCCUUCCCACCGCCCCGACGGUGACCCGAGAGCACACGGAAACGUACAGAAAACACGUGAGCUAUAAAUAGUAUUUAUUCAUUUUUCUAUGUACUGGAGAGAAACGUUCUUACGACUUGCUGCUUUUAUAGAUGUUCUGGAAACUUUGAUACGUAGAGUUCCGCUAACAGAGACGUUUCUUUUCCCCUUGAGCCGGUCGAAAGUCUUUUCCGCCCCCUCGGCAAACCUCUCGCUCCAUCCCCAUCGGCGCCUGGCAAGGAGCCGCUUGGCUCUCCGAGGGCUUUUCGUAGCGGUGGGAGACAAAACCGGGCGGCCGCAUGCAGUCUGCACAAAUCCCUUCAAGAAAUGCAGUUUCCAAAAUGCCGAAAGCCACCGAGAUGCUCCGCAAAAUACGACUGAAUGAAUAUAAAACUUUCUUUUUUGUUGUUGUUGUUGGGUUUUUUGUUAGUUUUUAACAUCCUUAAGCUAUUUUUGGAUCACUUGAAGUCUUUGAGAAGCAAGAGGAUGGGAGAUGGGGCUAGCGGAUUGCUAAAAACUCCAAAGUCUCAGCUCUUUUUUUUUUUUUUUUUUUUUUUUUUUUGCACCUGCUGGGUUUUAAAAGAGGGAAAAAAUCAAAACCACGAGGGAUUUUUUUUUUAAUAUUUUUUUUUAAAGCAGCCGGAAUUUUCCCACAUCCGGCAGAUUUGCACUGACCCGCGGCUCGGAUGCUUUUAGCACGGGUACGCCCGAGUCCCGGCAGCCAACCUUCGGCACACGAGCUCAAAACCCCUACACUUUAAAAAAAAAAAAAAAAAAAAGAGGAAAAAAAAGAAAAAAAAAAAAGAAAAGCACAGAGAAAAAGCAAGUGGAAUAUCAGCACUUUGAGGCCAGUGGCUCCAGCAGAUGUUUGCCGAGAGCCCACCCUCGCCCUCUUCCAGAAACCGCCUCGGGAAUCCCACCGGAGCCUCACACAUCUUCCCACCUUUGAGCAGGGAAGGGCGACGUCAGACGUCGGGAAAGCACCAUCGGGGUUCAACAGGAGGUAGAAAACAGUUGAUUAUUUUUUUUGGUUCUCAUGUAGCUAGAGCGAGUCUGAAGGUUUUGACUCGCCAUAAAUUAUUAAUUAUUAUUAUUUUUCAGUGUUGUGCCUUUUUGAGUUCUAUUUUUUCCCCCUUUUUUUUUUCUCCCUGUCUCGAUGCGAACCAAUAAUUAUCGGACCUUUGCACUGUUGGGACGUGCUCCUCUCCAGCCCCCGAGGGCGAAGAGAAACGGGAACCCUCCGAAACGAUGCACUAACCUGGAAUGAGGCUGGAAACCCGACGGUUGAUUCCUGGCGAGCGGCCGGGACCGUCUCCAGCGGUUUUUCGGUCUCUUUGUCAGCCGAGGUGCCCGGCGGCUGUGCCAGCCUUUUCCUGGAAUUCACUGAUCCACCAGCAUUCCUAAGAAAUAAGCUGCAGGAAGAGACAUUUUUGUAGAUUGUGAUUUAAAAUAAAAAAAUAAAAAGGGGGCGGGAGGAGCCGCUCGCGCACCCCGUGUUUACAACGGAUCGUUGCACAGAUGGGCGUGAGUCGAAAACACGCUUUUUUGGGGUUGUUUUUGUUUUCUUUUUCCUUGCAGAGGGCAGAUCCCCAACCGCUGUCCCUGGGUGGCGAGAGACGGGAGCCACGUCCAGGCGGAGAAUGGGAAGCUGCCGGGAACGGGGCUCUAUCCGAAACCCUCCGGAGCCGAUCGCCACCCCGGUGCUUUGCUCCCCCACUUGUGCGUGUCCCCCCCGGCGUAGCAACAGGCUCGGGCAUCGCCCGCCUUCAUUUGUAGCAGGUCUCAGGUCCGGACGCCGCACCGUGCCGGGAGGAAAGCUGCCGUAGCCCAGCUCCGUGUUUGCUCCCCAGGAAGCAUCACGGCCUCACUCCGCCGUGGCACCGGCCAAAACCCGUGAGGUUUGUUUCAUCAUUUUAAUUUCUCUGGCCUAGCGGCAUGCCAACCAUCCAAAACAUCCCGACCAGAAUCAUCUGGGCAGUGGGGUUUGGUUUGGGUUUUUUUUUUUUUUUUUUGACACGUUUUAUUUGCGCUUUUCCAUCUUUUUUUUUUUUUUUUCCUCAUUUCUUUUUUUUCCUUUUGCUUCCCGAGAAGCGAACCCGCUCUGGCAUCGGCUUUAUUUUGGGCAGUCCAGAGCCAGGGAGCGGCAGACGGGAGAAUAUGAAUUCUUUUUCCAGCCGUUCGGUUCCUGCUGUAAAUACCAUUUUGAACCCUGUGUCAAAACCAUCUAAUGGUGCUUUUUAUUACAGUUAGCACACGCAUUUUUAGAAACUAUGUGUUUUAGAAGACCUUUGCUGUGUAUAUGGAUACUUCUGUAUUGUUCAACUGUUAGAAAAUAAAUUAUUUCAUUACGAAA